AUGGCGAAAGAAUCAACUACCCCAAACAAGGCCACCAAGCCUGUCAAGGCAGGAAUCACAAAGCGCACACCUGUCAAGGCGAAGGCUUCCCUUGCCCUUGCCAGCGUCUCAUCCCCUAACAUUGACCGGGACCUGGUCUUCCUGUGUAAAUGCGUGAAGAUGUCCACCGGAAUGAAGAUCGACUGGCUUGCCGUCGCUAAUGAUGCUGGCAAGUCCGUUGGCACUGUGCAGAAACAGUUGUCCCGGCUGAACAUCAAGCUGGAGAAAAGCGUCCCCAUCAACACUGACGACUCCGCGAAGGACACCGAAGACACCGAAGACGCCAAUGAUGAGGACUAG